UCAUUAUUACCAUGAUUUUUAACUCAUGAGAACAAAUAUCUAGUGGCGCCAUCUAGUAGAGAAUUCGAAGAUGGUCGGCACGACACUGUGUUGAGCACGUGACCUGCCAAAUUCAUUUGUUUCUACAAUUGAAACGUGGUACAUGCAUGACGUUUGAUAAACUGGGUGUCGAAUGUCAACUCGCAGUAAAGCAUAAUAAACAAUUUGGUUAGGAUAUUUGGUGUCUUCCGAAGGCCGAUAAGAGGUGAAAUUUCGUCGAGCAGGGAUGAAUAUCGUUAGAAUAAAUAAGAAAAAUGUAUUUUACAUAAUAUUUGCACUGCUACUGAGUACCAUCAAAGAGGCACAAAUGGGCGGAAUGGCAGACUUCGUGAAACAUGAAAGAGAAAAGAGGAACGCAAACUCUACUCUCCAGGAAGAUUGCCCGGCUGAUAAACAAUGCUCAGAAUUAAGUGUGGAGUGUCUCAACUGUACCACAGAUCUGGGCUGCAUCUAUGGCAAGACCAUUACAUCGACUUGCACAGUUCGCAAUGAGAUAAAAUGUGUGGGUGAACAAACUUUUAAAAAAGACUACAUCUGCCGCUACUGUUAUCAGACUGAGCACUGGGAGCACAGAUGCCAUCAAAAAGCUACUUGCAGCUCAGUUGCCUCUCCUCAACAGCUUUAUCGCACAAAUUGCACAGUCAAUAGUGACAUUGUCUGUUUGGGUCACAGAAGAUUCAUGAAAAAUUUACCUUGCAAUUGGACAGGCGGAUACAGAUGGUCAACCGCGCUCAUACUGAGUAUUACUUUGGGAGGAUUCGGAGCUGAUAGGUUUUAUUUGGGUCACUGGCAGGAAGGAACAGGGAAGCUGUUCAGCUUCGGGGGUCUUGGAGUUUGGACAUUAAUCGACGUGGUUCUUAUUUCCAUGCGUUAUUUAGGUCCUGCCGAUGGUUCGUUGUACAUUUGAAUGAUGAAUAGAUUACAUCAAGUCAAUAACUGACGUUUAACUUCACCAUCGUCCUGUGGAACUAUAGUUAAGGAAAGUUUUAUUGUUAAUUUUUAAUUAAGCGAUUUCAUUAUACCCUGAAUUAGAUAUUAUUAUUUAUUAUUAGCAAUAUAUAAUCACAAUUCGUUUGUCUUAUUUUGUCAAAAGUUCAUCAAUCGCUUCCCCGAUGGUUGAGACCACCCUUUCCACCUGCCAUGGUCCGGUACAGUCAAGCUGGUAAAAUAAAUACAUGGAAUCCAUG